ACUGAAACUGAACUCUUCGUAACCUGGAAGAAGAAAUGGCAGCCAUGGCUAAAAGCUCGGAUUCUGGAGCUUUCAUGGAGGAAUUUACUCUUCAUCCAACCUCUUCAUCAGAUCAACUGCCCUUAAGUGGCCUCACUUUUGCUAUUAAAGAUAUGGUACCUGGGGGAUCUUCAAGUGGAUCUGCUGUUGCAGUAGCAGCAAAGCUUGUAGAUUUCUCCCUAGGAACUGAUACUGGUGGAAGUGUCAGAGCCCCUGCAUCUUAUUGUGGAAUUCUCGGGUUUCGACCUUCACAUAAUGUUGUCUCUACUGCUGGAGUUACUCAUUUGGCACAGAGUUUUGAUACAGUCGGAUGGUUUGCUAGGGAUCCUUUGAUUUUGAGUCGUGUUGGGCAUGUCCUGCUGCAUUUGCCUAUGGUGGAUCCUAUCAAACCAAUCCAGGUUAUUAUUCCAGAGGAUUGUUUCUCCCUGUCAAGCAUUCCGAGCAAUCGAACAACUGAAGUUCUUAUAAAAUCAGUGAAGAAGCUUUUUGGCGGUAAGAUCAGUUGCCAUUUUAAGCGUCUUGCCUAUGCAGAUCAUAUUGUAAAGCAUGUUAACCUUGGGGACUACGUGAAGGAUAAAGUACCAAGCUUGCAAAAAUUCACGAAUGUGGGAGAUGGAGAUCCUCUAUAUAAAAUAGCAUCACUGGCUGCCCUUUCAAGUGCAUGGAGUUUGCUCGUAAGGUAUGAAUUCAAGAAUAAUCAUGCUGAAUGGAUCACUAGAGUGAAUCCUGAUUUAGGUCCAGGAAUAUCUGAACGGGUAUGGGAAGCUGUUAGAACAACAGGAGAAAAUAUUGAUGCUUGUCACUCUGUAAAAAUCGAGUUUCGUGCUGCCCUUUCUGCUCUCAUAGGGGAUUCUUGCGUCCUUGCCCUUCCCACAAUUCCUGAUGCUCCUCCUAAACUACGAACUGAUCCAACAACACUGGAAGUUUUUGAAGCUCGAGCUUUCAGCUUUUUGUCAAUUGCAUCAGUAUCCGGAUUCUGUCAGGUGAGCAUACCUUUAGGUAUGCACAAUAACCUUCCUGUGUCAAUCUCUUUGCUGGCCAGACACGGUUCGGAUUCAUUCUUGUUGAAUCUUGUCGAGACUUUGUAUGAUACUCUCCGAGAAGAAAGUGAAAUUGCUGAGAAAAUGAUCAACUAAAGCUAGGCUGUGUCUGAUGUUAUACAGUAAGUUUCAUUUCGCUUUGAGAUAAUUAGGUUAAUGGCAUCUUCUUGAUGCUCUCUACUGCUUGAGUUAUUCCAAUCUAUUUGCAAUUAUAAAUUUAUAAUACAUAA